ACGUUCACUCAGUAGCAAUGCAACACCAUGGUAGAAAAGCCUAAGUCAAGGACACAAGUUGUACGUACCCUAAGAUAGCAUCUUCGAUCUUCCCAACUCCCAAGCUAGGACCAAGCAAAAGCAAGACCCCUGUCUCGCUCUCACUCUCGCUCAAGUCUCAACGACAGGACACAGGAGCUCUCUCUCUCUCUCUAUCUAGUCUCUCUCUAUAUAUACACAGCACACACAAGCCACUGCCGUUGUCUGUACUAAGCACCCGCGGGUUUCGACAAGAAGCGUAAGCUAGCUAUGGCAACGGGGAGGAGGGGAAGCCCGCUGCUGCGGAGGUGCAAGCGCGAGGGGUACACGCACGGGCUGCGCCCGCCGCAGAUGGAGGCGCUCCGGGCCAUGUGCGGCGCGCUCAUCCCGUCCCUACCCGUGGAGGGCCUCCACGUCCAGCCUCAGCCCGGCCGUGGCAAGGACGACCUCGACCGGUUCUUCCGCGCGUCCGCCGCCGACGGCGCCAUCCCUGACGAGGUCGCGGAGAUGGUGACCCGAUGCGUAUGGGAGGGAGUGCUGCUCAUGAGGAUUGUCCUGUGGGUCCUGAGCACCAGGAUUGGCACGCUGGCGCUGUGCGGGCGGCUGUGCUUCUCCGCCGGCAAGUCGUCGUUCCCGUACGCCUGCAGGUUCGCGGACAUGCCGGUGGAGCGGAGAGAGCGGGUGCUGCAGCGGUGGAGCGGCGCGCGGUGGCUGUUCCCCCUCAAGAUCACCUUCGUCAUCGCCAAGCUCCUGUCCCACUACGCGUUCUACACAAUGGUAAACGAGAACUCGGACAACCCGUCCUGGAAAGCAAUAGGAUACAGCGUGCCCGUGCCGGCGGCGGCGGCGGACGUGGACAGGCUACGGCCACGGGAAUUAGGUCCAGCGGAGGCAGAGGCGCCGUCACCGCGGCCACUGGACAGCGGCGUCGUGGAGACCAGAUCCCUGAACGACGCCACGCUGCUCAAGUCACUGACGGAGAGAGGAGUGGCGGUGAAAGCGGGCGUGUCGGGCGCGCACCACACCGUGCAAUGCGACGUCGUCAUCGUCGGGUCAGGCUGCGGAGGCGGCGUGGCCGCCGCCGUGCUGGCGGCGGCGGGGCGCAAGGUCGUCGUCGUUGAGAAGGGGGACUACUUCACAGCCGAGAGCUACACCUCCGUGGAGGGCCCGUCCAUGGAGCGCCUCUACGAGAAGGGGGGCAUCUUCUGCACGUCCAACGUGACGACCAUCAUGUUCGCGGGCACGACGGUCGGCGGCGGCUCUGCCAUCAACUGGUCCGCCAGUGUCCGCACGCCGGAGUGGGUCACGCAGGAGUGGGCGCGCGAGCAUGGGCUCCCCAUGUUCGGGAGGCCGGAGUACGCGCACGCCAUGGACGCGGUUUGCGCCAGGCUCGCCGUCACCGGCGGGUGCCGGGAGGAAGGGUUCCAGAACAAGGUGCUCCGCCGCGGCUGCGAGGCGCUUGGGCUGCGUGGCGACGCCGUGCCGCGCAACUCGUCGGAGGGCCACUUCUGCGGUAGCUGCCACCUGGGCUGCCCCACCGGCGACAAGCGCGGCACCGACACGACGUGGCUCGUCGACGCCGUCGCGCGCGGCGCGGUCGUACUCACAGGUUGCAAGGCCGAGCGUUUUGUGCUGGAGAGCAACCCAGGCGGCAGGGACGGCCGGAGCAACAGGUGCGUGGGCCUGGUGGCGACGUGCAUGAGCGACGGCAUCACCAAGAAGCUGCGCAUCGAGGCCAAGGUUUCCGUCUCGGCGUGUGGCGCGCUCAUGACGCCGCCUCUGCUCCGCAACAGCGGGCUCCAGAACAGCCACGUCGGCCGCAACCUUCACCUGCACCCGGUGUCUAUGGCGUGGGGCUACUUUCCGGACAGCACGCCGGAGGCAGAGCUCAGUGGCAAGUGCUACGAGGGUGGCAUCAUCACGACCAUGCGUCGCGUCACCGCGCGCACCAUCAUCCAGACGCCGGCGCUGGGGCCAGGAUGCUGGGCUUCGCUGGUCCCCUGGGAGUCGGGCCGCGACAUGAAGGAGCGCAUGCUCCGCUACGCGCGCACCGCGCACGCCUUCGCCCUGGUCCGUGACCGCGGCGCGGGGCACGUCGACGGCGAGGGCCGCGUGCGCUACACCCCGAGCCGGGAGGACGUGGACGAGCUCCGCAACGGGCUGCGCCAGACGCUGCGCAUCCUGGUGGCCGCCGGAGCGGCCGAGGUCGGCACCCACCGCAGCGACGGGCUCCGGCUGCGGUGCGACGGCCUCCGCGACGAGGACCUGGAGGCGUUCCUGAAGCAGGUGACCGUAGAGAAAGGUCCCAUGGUCCCGGGGCAUGACAAGUGGGCGCUCCAUUGCUCGGCGCACCAGAUGGGCAGCUGCCGGAUGGGGUCCAGCCCGAAACACGGCGCCGUGGACGGCCGCGGCGAGAGCUGGGAGGCGGAGGGGCUGUACGUGUGCGAUGGCAGCCUGCUGCCCACGGCGGUGGGCGUCAACCCCAUGAUCACCAUACAGUCCACCGCGUACUGCGUCUCCAAGGGCAUCGCGGAGUCUCUGGCGCGUGACAAUAAAUAGUAGCCUGGUUUGAGACCGUCGGAUCGUGCUCGCGCGCAAAUGGUUGUUGCCCCUGCCAGUGGCUGUGUGUGUGCAUGUUGGAUGUGUCUUCAUCCUUGUAAUUUGUUGCAUAAAAAGCCCAUCGGCUCGUAUUUUCAUACAUCAUUUUUUAACGCUUUUCCUAUAUACUUAGUUGAGGUCAUUGAACUUAAAAAUAAUUUCAGAGGACAAUAUUGUACCAUUAACUAGCCCAAGUAUAGUUUAUUAUUUGUUUUUUGUUAUAAUA